AUGAGUUCACGAUAUGAAUUGAAUAAUAAAUUUAAACGUAAAUAUCAAUAUGAUCAACGUGGUGAACGAAAGAAAAGUAAAGAUAAUUCUAAGUCAUCCUAUAAUACAGGUUAUGAAAAAGAUGAAAAAGAUAUUGUGGCCAAAAAAAAUGAUUUUACUCAACAAAUCUCUUAUAAGGAUUGUGAAGAUUUUUGUUUCAGCAAGUAUAAAUAUGAAUUAAAUAAAGUAUUCUCAGGAAAUUUAAAUAUAAUUCAAGAUACCGAUGAUUUUUGGAAAUUUGUUAGUAAAUAUGAAACUGUACAAAAGAAAGUAAAGGCUUCUGAUCUCCCAGCUAAUUCUUCAUUAAAUACCAUUGGUAUACCAAAAACAUACCACAAAUUACACUGCAUAAAUUUCAAGUUGAGUUAUAAUUUCAAUGAAUUAUUUGCACGUAUUCCACCAAUUGAUGCAUUAACAAAAGAACAUUUAUUGAAGUUUCAAAACAUAAUUAUCUUAUACUUAGAUUUCAAACAAAAAGAAAAGUUUGUCAAAUUAAAAAAACUUAGAGAAUCACAAGCAAAUUUACCAGUUUAUCAAUAUAAGCAUCAAAUUAUUGAAACAGUUAAAAAUGAACAAGUAGUUAUAAUAGCAGGUGAUACUGGUUGUGGAAAAUCGACUCAAGUACCUCAAUAUUUAUAUGCAGCAGGUUACCAAAAGAUUGCCUGUACACAACCAAGAAGAAUAGCUUGUAUAUCUUUAGCAAAACGUGUUGCUUUUGAAACAUUGACAGAAAAUUAUAACAAUGUUGGAUACCAAAUUCGUUUUGAAAAGCAAAGAAGCCAAAAUACUAAAAUUACCUUUAUAACAGAAGGUCUUUUAUUACGACAGCUGUCUGGGGAAUUUGAAUCAUUGCCAUAUGUUGUAAUUGUUCUGGAUGAAGUACAUGAGCGACAUUUACAUGGAGAUUUUCUUCUUGGGAUUAUGAAAUGCAUUAUUAACCAAAGACAUGAUCUAAAAUUAGUACUUAUGUCUGCUACUAUUAAUAUUGAACUUUUUAAUAAUUACUUCACCAAAGAAAAUGUUAAAAUAAUACAAGUUCCUGGAAGAUUAUAUCCUAUUCAAUUAUUAUACAGGCCUAUUGUUAUAGAAGAUGUUCGAUAUAGAAAUGAUAGAUUUAAUCCGAGUCCUUACAUACAAAUAAUGCAAAUGAUUGACCAAAAAUAUCCAGCUGACGAAAAAGGUGACUUAUUAAUAUUUUUAAGUGGAAUGAGUGAAAUUAGUGCAGUUGUAGAUGCAGCAAAAGAGUAUAGCCAAAAAAAAAGUAAUUGGAUUGUUUUACCACUUCAUAGCACUUUAGCUAUCAGUGAACAAGAUAAAGUAUUUGAUUAUGCUCCUGAAGGAAUAAGAAAGUGUAUUGUGUCUACUAACAUUGCUGAAACUUCUAUUACUAUAGAUGGAAUUCGAUUUGUUGCUGAUAGUGGAAAAGUAAAGGAAAUGAGCUAUGAUCCAUCAUGCAAAAUGCAACAACUUAAAGAAUUCUGGAUUAGUAAAGCUAGUGCAGAACAACGAAAAGGAAGAGCUGGUAGAACUGGACCUGGUAUAUGUUAUAGAUUGUACUCUGAAGAAGAAUAUAUGGCUUUAGAAAAAUAUUCAACUCCAGAAUUACAACGUGUACCCUUAGAUUCUUUACUUUUACAAAUGAUUGCAAUGGGGCUUCCAGAUACACGAAAAUUUCCAUUUAUAGAACCACCACCCGCAGAAAGCAUAGAAAAUUCUAUACUAUCUUUAAAAGAGCAUGGUGCAUUAACGGAUAAUGAAAAAAUAACAUCUAUCGGAAAGACACUUGCACGUCUACCUGUUGAUAUAACAAUAGGAAAAAUGUUAAUAAUGGGUUCUAUUUUUCAUCAAGUAGAACCAGUCUUGUCAUUAGCUGCUGCUUUAAGUAUACAAACACCAUUUACAAAUAGAGCAUAUAGAGAUACAGAAUGUGAGACAUCUAGAAAAAAAUUGGAAUCUGAUCAUGGUGAUCCAAUAACAUUACUAAAUGCAUUUAGAGAGUGGUUAGAGGUAAAACAGCAGAAUUCUCAAGAAUCCAGAGAUAACCGAAAUAGUAGUCGGAAAUGGUGCAAAAGAAGAGGUUUGGAGGAACAAAGAUUUUAUGAAAUGAUAAAAUUGAGAGCACAAUUCAAGGAGUUACUUCAAGACUGCAAAUUACUACAAAAUCUUCCAGAACCAAAUUCUUCUAUGUCAAGUGCAGAACGUGCUAUAAGGCAUGGAGAACUUAAACUUUUAAAAUCUCUAAAAAAGACUUAUAGACAAUGUGAACCUAAAAGACGAAAACAACUAAAACUAGAAUCCUUUGGCAUUCAGUUAGAAGAUAAUGACCAGGAUGAUGGAGAAAUUGAUAUAAAAGAUAUUGAAUUUCGAAUGAAAAAUGACCCAAACCAAGUACAAAACCUAUUAACAGCAGCUACUGCAUGUAGUUACAAAGAUUUAACAAUGUUGAAAUUAAUCCUUUGUAGCGGUUUAUAUCCACAAUUUGCGUGUGCCGAUGAAUUUAAUUAUUGUAAGUCAACAAACGAACAACUAUUUCAUACAAAAGCAAAACCAUAUAUUGCUUUACAUCCAAUGAGUUUUUUUGGAAAUCAUCCGCAAAUAUUGCAGUUAGAGGAAACUGAUGUUGUAUCGGUAACAGGUUUCAAAAGUAAAACUCCUGUUAGUCCAAAACAUAUAAUAUUAACAUAUCUAUCUCUUUUGGAGACAACAAAGCCGUAUUUAGUAAAUACACUUAGAAUGCCUGCUGCACAGACAUUACUUUUAUUUGCACGUGAAGUCGAUACAAAUAGUACAUUUUCGAUAAUAGUAUGUGAUUCUUGGUUGGAAUUAACAUUUCCUAUACCUGAUAGUGGUCAAACUUUAUUGUUGAAAGCUACCAAAUUACGACAUAAAUGGGAUUCUUUAUUAAAUCAACGAUUACAAGAUUCAAAUACUAGAAAUGAUGAAAAGCAUGAUUUCAGUGAAUUUGAGUACACACUUACACAGGAACUAAUUGAAUAUAUGCAUACUACUGUACCAUACACCUUGAAACGACUUUUACCAGCUGAUCUUAAAACAAUAUAUGUGGGAAAUAGUGAAAAUAGCACAUUGAUAAGUCCAAAUCCUUUUCAAUUAGAUUUCAUAGUAAUUCCCAAUUCAAUUAAAGGUGGAGUUCGAGUAACAAACAUCAUUACAUACAAUUGUAUAAGAGAAACUGAAUGGAGUAAUAAACUUUCUGUAGAAAUGUCAGAAACGGAAUGGCAUUGUCAAAAUUGUAACAUGCAAGUAAUUCUAACAAAUAUGGAGAAAUUACAACAUCAACAAUCUUGUAUCAAAACAGAUAUAAAGGAUGCCAAUAAACAUUGUGACAAUGUUAAACAUAAACCUAAUGCACAAGUAUAUGAAUGUUCUAAUUGUGCAAAAACAUUGUACCUGACACCAAUUGAAAUUCUUAAACAUAAAAGGUCCCAUAUUAAAUGA